AUGAAGGCAGGUGAUAAGAAGGCUGCAGGAGACGACUUGAACAACGACGACGACGACAAGAAGGACCCCGAAUACGGCGAAGACGACGAGGAAGACGAUGGCUCCCCACGACACGCGUCCCGCCUAUACGGACGUACGGCAAGGCGUUUAAUUACUUUGACGGUGGUGCGUUCUUUGGUCCUCCUCCAACUCCUCCAGGCGAUCCGAGAACGAGAACAUCAAUCCGCAAAUCACGCCCACCACCCGCUUAACUCUCCCCUCCCAUAUGGCGGACAAGCCGCAUUCACGGUAAUCCAAACCCUCGGCACCCUCUCCACCCUCAUCGACGUCGCCUCCAACCGCGCUCAACCCACCCCACUCGGGACACACCACUUUGCCCUCCUCUUCGUGGUGUGGGGUCCGAUCUUUGCUUUCGCCUCCCUCCCACAACCCACCCCCUCUCCGAUCCCUUUCCCGCAUCCUCCCAACCCGCCAAUCGACCCGAUCCUCCGACUGCUCACCCCACCGCACUUCACAUCGACCACGCAGAAUCGGUGGAUUGGGUGA